AUGGGGUCACUUCUGUUCAAGUCCACAGUGGAGGAGGAAAUAAGUCAUGGAGGUAUUGCACAGAAUAAAGCAAAGUUUCGUGAUGAUACCUCACAGUUAAAACGAGAUUGCAAUGACAAAAGCAUACUUCCAGACACCGAUGACGAUGGAGAAAUUCAGGACAAUACGAAUUGGGAAACUGGAAAGCUGCAGGUUUUAUCAGGAGGUAACGUUUCAACGGAAAAUAUAAAUGGAAGGCGAGAAAACAACACUGGAGGCGGAAAGAGUGGAUGCUCAACUGUUGCUCCACCAGGUCGAUCUGGCACAGACGAGAAAGACGGAAGUUUGGAGAUCCAUCAAAGGGAUCAAAUCUUUCCGGCAAAGACAUCUAACGAUAAUGACGCAUCCGUCAUGUCCGUGGGGCUGCACGAAAUCACUCCUACGAUGGAGGUAGCAGAGAACGCAAACGUCUUGAAUGUUGAAGCAAUUGAGACUGGGCAAGGUCCGCUAGAAAGUAUUGCAGUUGCAGAUGAUAUACCCAUGGGUGGGGAUGCCAAUCCAUCAAGACGGGAGACAACAUCCGAUCCCAAAAUAGACAGAACUGAUGAGGAAGGAAACACACCGCUCUACAAUGCAUUCGUAGAAGGUCAUCUGGAAGGUGUUGAAUAUCUCAUCUCUCAGGGAGCAAUUCCGAAUAAACCAAGUAAUCGUGAACGUUGUCCUCUCCAAGUAGCGGCCGAAAAAGGGUAUGGAAACAUCGUUAAUUUGCUCACCAAUCGAGGAGCUGAGAUACAGGUGGAAUGCGACAUUGGUAAUACACCAAUCCAUAAAGCAGCGGCCAAGGGUCAUACAGGCAUCGUAGAAAGUCUUAUUGCAGAUGGGAUUGAUGUAAACAGCAAAGACCAGACAGAAUGGACUCCAUUUAACGCCGCAGUUCAAUAUGGCCAUCUAGAGACUUUGAAAUUCCUACUGAGCAAAGGGGCAAAACAGAAUGUACAUAACGGUAGGACCCCUCUCUAUGCCGCCGCAGAGUUCGGUCAAUUAGAAAUCCUGCAAUUUCUAAUUUCCGAGGGAGCUGAUAUGAAGAGGGAAAACCCAUCAGGUCGGAUUCCUCUGCACGGUGCAGCUAUCAGUGGUGACAUGGAAAUCAUCAAAUAUCUCAUUCAAGAAGGAUCUGAUGUAAACAAGGGCGCGCGGAAAGGUUGGACGCCACUCGAUGCUGCUAUUAAAUACAGUCAUCUAGAGGCUGUCAAAUAUCUCAUGGGCGAGGGAUCAGAGCUGAACAGAUAUGAUGGAAUGUCCCCGCUCUAUGCUGCAGCUAAAUUCGGUCACUUAGAAAUUGUGAAAUUCUUCAUUUCUGAAGGCGCUGAUGUGAAUGAAGAAAAUGACUCGGGUGAGAUUCCACUGCAUGGUGCAGCAUUUAGCAGUAAGAUGGAAGUCAUUAAAUACCUUAUUCAACGAGGAUCUGAAGUGAACAAGGCUGAUGCCAACGGUCGUACACCGUUCAAUGCCGCCAUCCAAUACGGACAGUUAGGAGUUGUUAAGUUUCUCAUAGACAAAGGGGCAAAGCAGAACGCAUGUAAUGGCAAUAACCCUCUCUGUGCGGCAGCACAAUUUGGCCACUCAGACAUAGUAAAAUUCUUCAUUUCAGAAGGCGCAAAUGUGAACGAAGAAAAUGAUGAAGGUACGAUUCCUCUCCAUGGUGCUGCUAGUCGAGGACACAUAUCGGUCAUGGAAUAUCUUCUUCAACAAGGUUCUGAUUGUAACAAAGGUCGUGACAAAGGCUGGGCACCCAUUCAUGCUGCGAUUGCAUGUGAUCAAUUUGAAGCUGUCAAAUACCUACUGAACUAUGAAGUAGAGAAUAGCAGAUGUCAUACAAAAAACCUGCUUCAUACAGGAGCAAAGUUUGGUCACUUGGACAUGAUGAAAUUCCUCACUUUCAAAGGAGCUGAUAUUAAUGAGACAGAUGAAUAUGGGGCCAUUCCUCUCCACUACGCUAGUUAUGGAGGUCACCUGAAAGUAAUGGAAUAUCUCAUUCAGCUAGGAUCUGAUGUGAACAAGGCCGAUGAGAUGGGCUUGACACCAUUCAAUGCUGCCGUCCAAUAUGGUCAUCUAGAAGCUGUGAAGUAUCUCCUGAAAGAAAAAGCAAUACAGAACAGAUACGAUGGAAUGCCACCUCUUCACACUGCAGCACAAUUUGGCCACUUGGAUAUCAUGGAAUUCCUCAUUUCCAAAGGAGCUGAUAUUAAUGAGACAGAUGAAGAUGGGGCCAUUCCUCUCCACCACGCUACCUAUGGAGGCCAACUGAAAGUAAUGGAAUAUCUCAUUCAGCAAGGAUCUGAUGUGAAUAAGGCUGAUCUAGAGGGCUGGACACCACUCGAUGAUGCCAUUCAAUAUGAUCAUCUAGAAGCAGUGAAGUAUCUCCUGAAAGAAAAGGCAAUACAGAACAAAUACGAUGGAAUGACACCUCUCCAUGCCGCAGCUACAGUUGGGCACUUGGAUCUUGUGGAUUUCUUCAUUUCAGAAGGCGCAAAUGUGAACGAGGCAGAUGUAGAAGGGAUGAUACCUCUCCAUUGUGCAGCUGCCAGAGGUCAUAAAGAAAUGAUUGAAUAUCUCAUCCAACAUCGUUCAGAUAUCAACGAGCGUAACAAAAGAGGACGGAUACCUCAUGAAGUUGCAAUAGAAAAUGGCCAGUUAGAAGUUGCGAAAUUACUAGAUAAUAGACCUACGGACUGUUGCUUUGAAGUUAUGUCUUCACCGAAUGAUCAUACUGAUGAAGGAAAGCUCUCCGUAUCCAGUAGAUGGGGUGUGAAAGAAAGUGUUGGAGAGAUGCAGUCACGCGCAGAACAGCAAGCCAUUCUCCCAAACAAUAUCGCUAAUGGAAAGGACGACAUUCUGGCUAACACUGAAAAGAAAAGAUGUGAUGAAAUGUCUUCAAAGCUUCUUUUCGAAAAGACCCAUGAUUCUGAGGAUGAGGGCGAAGAGCAUAAUUUCUUCUUGUCUGCUAAGUUAAAAUCUCCUGACCAACGUGAGGAAAGCCCAAUACAACUUCGGCUGGAAUCAGAAAAGCAAGACCGGGCAGAGAAUAGGAACACCAUAACCAACACUACCGAUAAUCUCAUCACGUCUGAAUAUCGCACAUGGAAAUACGAAGCAUCCAAUCCACCCUUUCUUCAUGAUAUGAAGUCAAAUCAUCGUACAGGGCGUCCAUCUGAAGAACCACAAUCUGAGCCCUUUCCCUUGAUUGACAAGACCAGAGAAACACGAAUUGGAGUUAUAUGUCGUGAUUUCAUUUUCCUCACACAUGUCACAGGAGCCUUUGUCAUCCUGGACAUUGAUGAACGCCGGCAGUAA